CUAUCUCAGUGUGAGUGUCUCUGGUCCAGAAAAAUAGAGAGAGAACAUGUUGCUCCAAUAUUGGAGCAUUUCAAGUUGUGGAGCAUUUCACAAUUCUUGGGAUGUUACUCAUUCAGGAAAGCAUCAUAGUCUCAUCUUUAACAAGCGCCUCUGCCUUGAGAAGUCAAGAAAAUCAGCACCCUUUUGCCUGAAAGCUCAGUUAGUAGAUGAAUUGGCUCAACUUGGGCAUAACAAGGUUUUGGUUGCAGCUGGAGUUUGUGGUCUGAUUGGGCAGCUGUCCAAGCCUUUCACUAAUGUGAUUCUGUAUGGCAAAGAGUUUGAUUUCAAGUCAACCCUUCAGGCUGGAGGCUUCCCUUCCUCGCAUUCCUCCACAAUGGUGGCUACUGCAACAAUGCUUGGCCUUGAAAGGGGGCUGUCGGAUUCAAUAUUUGGCUUGAGUGUUGUUUAUGCAGGCAUUGUGAUGUAUGAUGCCCAGGGGGUGAGAAGAGAAGCUGGAAAUCACGCAAGAGUACUGAACAAAACACUGUCUCAAAUUACAAGAGUGAACAGCAUCCCAUCCCAAGAUAGAGGUAGACUCAAUUCUCAACCCAAAACAUCAUCUUCGUUACAGUUGGAUAGACUCAAGUCCCUUGCAAAGUCUUUUUCAUCAAAAGCAACAAAUGCCCCUUUACUAUCAAAGUCAAUCACCAAAAUGAGUGAAACCACUCAGACGCAGAUCAUGUCGUCUGGCUUAGGAACUGAUGCUGAAGGAUUAGAAAUAGCUGGAAGUUACACUCCACUGAAAGAAACGAUUGGCCACACUGAAGUUGAAGUAGCAGCCGGUGCUCUUUUGGGUUUCUUAGUAAGCUUGGCAGUGUAUAUCACAUUAUGAUCUAAAAUGCUCAUGUUUUCUUUCCUAAAUACAAAAUAUAAUUCCUAUC